GCUCUAGUCAAGCCAAACCAAAAACUCAGCCAAUCAAAUUAGACCUGACCUCAUUCGACAAUCCAAUCCGUCCCGUCGAAAUCAGACCACCGAACCUGACAGAAAGAAACCUUAGCCAAGUACAUAAACCUUCACGACGACGACGACAGGAAAAAGAAAGCUCCCCUCUGAAAACAAAACCAAGCGACGACGACGACAACGACGACGAUGUUCCAGCGACAGAUCCUCCGCGCGACGCCGCGCCUGUCGGCCCAGCUGCGCUCCCCCGUCCUCCGAUCGACGCUGCAGCGCCGCCUCGCCUCGACCGAGGCCAAGACCACCGAGAACGCCUUCGUCAAGGAGAGGCAGGCCGUCAAGGAGCACGCUUCUGCCACGACUGAGCUCUGGCGCAAGAUUUCCAUCUACGCCGUCAUCCCGGCCCUAGUCCUCGCCAGCGUCAACGCCUACAACCUGUGGAACGAGCACUGGGAGCACUGGUCCCACAUGCCGCCUCUAGAGGAGCGCGUCGAGUACCCCUACCAGAACAUCCGCACCAAGAACUUCCCCUGGGGCGACGGCGACAAGACCCUAUUCUGGAACAACAACGUAAACUACCACAACAAGGACAAGACCACCUAAGAUUCCGCAAAUUCCGAUGCUAGUAUAGGUUAUGGUUCUGCGAGGAUAAGGUAGUACUGGUAGUAGGAGCAGAUAGGAAACUUGGACAUAAUAGAAUAAAGCAGGUCGCCCUUGACAGGCAAGACGAGAUUGUGGUAUCUCGAAUGUUGUAGAUAUGCCAUUCCCUUUGUUAAUCAAAACAUCAUAUCAAUCCAAUCAUGUCCAUAUUUGCAA